GAAAUUCUCAAUACUUUCCUCUCUUGGUAUUUGUUAUUUUUUUUUUUUAAUGCAGUGAAGUUUUCUACCAAUGUUGAUGAAUUACAGAAACACAUCUGAACUGUAAUGGAGUAAAAUAUCUGAAAAUAUAAUAAAUGAACGCUAAAAUCAAGGUAAAUACAAAUUACUUCACAGGGUCUUGAGUUGGAGACUGUUUGCCCUACCACACUGUGUUGAGACUCGGCCGGUGGCGGUGCGGGAGGAGUCAGUGGGCGGUAGUGUGUGUGUGUGUCUUGUUUAGGAACUGUUUAGUGUAGUGGGGCCCUCGUCAGGAUGGUGGAGCAGCAGGAACAAGGCGGUGGAGGCUGGAAUUUCACCCGAAUAGGUGUGGUGACCGUGGUAUUAGGUGUGGCGGCGUGGACAUGGCAGGCGUGGUUUGGUACAUCAGUGGGCGUGGUUUACAAGGCGGACCCCGUCUACGACUUCAUCGUGGUGGGCGGGGGCACGGCAGGCAGUGUAGUGGCCGCUAGGCUGAGUGAGGUGGACCACUACCGCGUCCUGCUGGUGGAGGCCGGGGGUGAGGAGCCCUGGCUCUCUAACAUACCCCUGGCAGCCCCCCUUCUCCAGCGGUCCCGUUUUGACUGGCAGUACCUCACUGCACCUCAGAAGUUGUCUUCGGGGGCUCUGGUAGACAAGCAAUCAGCGUGGCCUCGGGGUCGGGUGCUAGGGGGGAGCGGCACCAUCAACUACAACAUCCACAUGUUGGGGUCGCCUCAGGAUUUCCAGGUUUGGGAAGAGGAGUAUGGUGCUGCUGGCUGGGGCUUCACCCAGAUGAGGAAGUACGCCAACAAGGCCGAGUGUCGCAGGCUCAGGCCCAAGAUCUUCAAGCAGGAGCAAUGCAGCAGCGAGGCCCAGGAGAAGUCAGAGGCAGAAUGCAACAGCACCAGCGGCGAGGGACUAAAAGUGGGACCUGGCGGUCACGUGAGACAACACCAAGAUGCUGUCCAGUGCUACCACCCUCCGGUCCGCGUCCAUACCGCUGCCUCCACCCUCACAGACACGUUUCUCGCUGCAGGAAAGGAGCUAGGCCUGCCGGUGGGUAACCUCAACGAUGACAUCGACUAUGGGGUGAUGGCGGCCGAGACGACGGUGUUCAAGGGUCGUCGCUGGAGUACUGCCACUGGCUAUCUUAGACCUGCUCUUGGCCGACCAAACCUCCACGUCCUCCUCCACACACAUGUCACCAAGAUCAUUUGGGAGGGCAAACGUGCUGUGGGUGUGGAAUUUGUACAGUGGGACAAUGCCCACCUUAAUGGGUCGGUGUAUGCUCACGGGGAGGUGGUACUGGCAGGAGGAGCCAUCAACACCCCUCACCUCCUCACUCACUCUGGUGUGGGACCCAAGUCUAUCCUGGAAAAGUUUCAGAUCCCAGCAGUGUCCGUGCUUGAUGGGGUCGGAGGCAACCUUCAGGAUCAUCUCAAUCUGCCAAUAUACAUCUCCUUGGAGAAGUCUGCCUCCCUCAACCCUGCCAAGAUGCGCACCGCCUCCAACAUGUGGGACUACUUUAUCAAUAGUGGCAAAGGUGACCUAGGAAGGACAGCCAUCGAGGGUGUAGGGGUGAUGCGACUGUCACACCAACAGCCUGAGGUUGGCGUCAUUCUCUUCAACAUGGGAGCCGUCGACAAACAUGUCUACUCCUCCGUCUCCAACAUGAAACUUGAUUACUUUGAAUCAACGUUCCCAAACAUGGACAACCAGAGUGCCGAGGGGUUCAUCUUUCUGGCAACAUGUUUACACCCAAAGAGUCGGGGUCUAGUUCGUGUGGUGUCAAGCGACCCCCGUCAUCCCCCCUCCAUCGACCCCAAAUACCUCCACCAUCCCUACGACAUCACUUGCAUGAGAGAUGCAUUUAAGUUUGUGUUGCGUUUGGCACGAACCAAAGCAUUCCAGAGCUUGGGUGCCUCUGUCCACCUGCCACGGUAUGAUGAGUGUAAGGUACGUGGCAGUGGAGGUGUCUAUCGCUGUACACCCACUAGGGUGAUUGGCACGGAGAGGUUGCGUGUGGUAGAUGCAUCAGUGAUGCCCACACAGGUCUCAGGAACACCCAACUCUGUAAUCACUGUCAUUGCUGAGAAGGCUGCAGACCUCAUCAAGCUAAUUGACUUUGGCUACAUUUUUCUGUAG